UAACCCGGUGGCAUAUAAAACAUACGCCAGUCAUCACCUGCAACUAGACUUCCUCUGGCAGCCAUGAGGGUCAUCAAUUUAGGUCCGGACCCGUCGUUGGCAUAUCGGCCAAAUCCGACAAAUAAUGGCAAGGAAAAGGAAGACUUCAGGAACUUUGAGAGCGGAAGCCUAACGGAGCGCGUGUUCAACACGUACAAGCUGAUGCACACCAACCAGAGGGUGGACUUUGUAAGGCAAAAGCACUUGAAAUGGAGCAAUUGCAACCACGGCGAGAUGUCAAUGAUGGACGCCAUCAUGUCCCUGGACCAGCUAGUGGACGAGUCCGAUCCGGAUGUGGACUUCCCCAACUCUUACCAUGCCUUCCAGGCAGCUGAGGGCAUCCGCAGAGAGCACCCUGACAAAGAGUGGUUCCAGGUGGUGGGUCUGAUUCAUGAUGUUGGGAAGACCAUGGCUCUGUGGGAUGAACCUCAAUGGGCCGUGGUGGGUGACACGUUCCCUGUAGGCUGCAAGUUUCAAAAGUCCAUCGUGUUCCGAGACAGCACCUUCCAGGAGAACCCGGAUGAGAUCAAUCCCGACUACAACUCUAAAUAUGGAAUGUACAAACCAAACUGUGGACUAGACAAAGUCCUCAUCUCCUGGGGUCAUGAUGAGUACCUUUACCAAGUGCUUAAGUUCAACAAGAGCCGCAUCCCAGAGGAGGGCUUGUACAUGAUCCGCUAUCAUUCCUUCUACCCGUGGCACUCCCACGACGACUACAUGCACCUGUGUGAUGACAAAGACCUGCAGAUGCUCCCCUGGGUGAAAGAGUUCAACAAAUUUGACCUCUACACAAAGGCGGAAGAGAUGCCCGAUGUGGAGAAGCUGCGGCCGUACUACCAAUCACUGAUUGACAAGUACUGUCCCGGACUACUGAGGUGGUGAACCGGCACAACAAGCGUUCAUGAAUCCAUAGCCCUUCACUAAAUCUAUUCUAAUUCACAGUACUUGUACAGCACAGUAGAAGUAAAUGUUUUGUACGUAUCGACAACGGUUGACUUUUUCAAUGGUUUAUUGUAUUUGGAUGUUAUUUAAAAAGUGUGUUUUACUGUGCAGCGUUAAUUCUGACACAGAAAGGCACGUUUGUGGUUAAGGAGAAAAA